GAAGCUGCUUACUUGCUGCAAACAUAGAGAAAGAACUGACAGCUGAAAUAUUGCACAGCCUUCAACAGGUGAUACCCCUAAAGAGAAGUACGAUCAAGAGAAUCACAGAAAAUGUACGCUGGGCUUUCAGCAACAAUAAUUAUUUAACAAAACAAGAGCAGAAGAACAUCAAGAAUAUUGAAAAAGAUGUCCAAAUUAAUGGGAGAUGCCAGUCAUUCAUAUAAAUGUUCUCUCCAGCUCUCUCUCUCUUUCUCCCCCCUCCUUUCUCUCUCUCUCUCUCUCUCUUUCUCCUCCUUUCUCUCUCUCUCUCUCUCUCUCUUUCACUGAUAGCACUGACUGAGAUAAUAGAAGCACAUUCCUGAGCAGAACCUGAACGAAAAUAAUAAGUUGAAUCUGAGGCACUGAAUACUCAGAACCAAAGGUUUCCGAUGAAUUUUUUUGCUUGUAUGAGUGAUGCUGACUUUGUGACUGCUUAAUGCUUUGUAUUUCAAGUCAUCGCUUUACUGAUUCAGAAUACCUGGAAACACCUGGAUAACCUGGCACUUCUGCUCAUUACUGGACUUCUGAGUAUCUCAUUGCACAGCGAUUACUUCAAAGACUACUCUGCAGCACAAAUUCAACAGACACAGGGAUACCACUACUUAGAAACUGCGGAACUGUAGAAGAUAUGACGAAUUUAUUGAAACAUAUAAUAAUUUACAAGAAAUUAUUUGUUUUUAUCCUGGUAAUUGAGUCUUACAGAAAGGAAGCAAUGGCAAUGCAUAGAGCAGAAGUGUAACAAUCUUUCAGUUCCCUAAAGCUAAAGCAUGAGGUUUUAAGGGCACAGAGAAAGAACACAAGUAUUGGCAGAGGUAUUCCUUUAUAACAAAUUAUGUUUACUACAGUAAUACUCCUUAAAUAGAUUGCUUUAUUCUUUUAAGAAAAACACAGAAUAGUUAACGCAGCUGAAAAUGCUUCUGUUUGAGGAUUGUAACUUUAUGCUGUAUACUACUGUUCUACUUAUUGUUACUCUGUUACUAAACCUGUGGUGAGAGUAACAGUUUGUACUGACCACAUGACAUCUACAACUGAAAAUACUUAAUAGACUGGUAUAAAAUAAUCUGUGCUGUUGUCUGUUAUCCAGAGUACUUAUAGAUGUUUUGAGUAUCGUUUAUGCUUCUACUGUGGCAUACUGAGAGCAUGCUGCAAAAUGAGCUGGUCUCCGUGGCGACAGCAGCAUACAGAAAGGGCAUCUGCAUUAGGGGACCAGCAAGUAUGACACUUCUGUAAAAGCUUUGCUUGCUGAGAUUUUGUCAAAACAAUCAAGAGGAAAUUGUCUCCAUUCAACACUUCAGGUUAAUGUCACAUUCAGCAUAUACCUGUGCUGCCUCCAGAGAACUACCUUAAGAAACCCCAAGUGCAAGAAGAAACAAAUGAAUUACUGAAAGUGAAUUGUCUUGUAUGGCAAACAUAUAUUUUUCUAAAAUUACAGUGCCUGCUGGAAGAAAAGCGCAUUUUGUCAUGAUAUUUCCUAGACAGACAUGCUGCAAAUUGUGAAUUUGUCUGGAUCAUAUUGACACAAGUUAUUUGGGUACCAUACAAGUGUGGCAUCAAUAAGUCUUCUGAAAGGAUCACAAGGGUUCUCCUUAAUUAGUUUCCAAAAAUAACUUUUUAAUAAAAACAUGGGAGAAAAGCAUUCUGAGCAUCCCCAGACUGUGUUUUCCAACCUGUCGUUGAUGUUCCAGAACUCUGAACUGUCCCACUUGGUUGAGAGUAAUUCCAGUGCAUCACCAGUAGGUAGAGGGUCUAUCAGUUCUGUGGCAUCCCUGGUGCUGCCCAUUGUGUACACUCUGAUCUGCAGCUGUGGGGUCCUGGCUAAUGCAUUAAUCAUCUGUACAGUACUGAGUUGUAAGCAGAAAUGUGUAUCAGAUAUCUAUAUCUUAAACCUUGCAAUAGCAGACCUGCUGUUUUUGGUCGGGAUGCCAUUUAUUAUCCACCAGCUCAUACAGGAAAAAGGAUGGGUGUUUGGAGAGUUCUUGUGUCGGGCUGUCACUACCAUUGACCUUAACAACCAGUUCACUAGUGUGGCAAUUGUCACUGUUCUCUGCAUUGACAGGUAUAUUGCAGUUGUGUACUCAUCCACCGCAGGUCUGAAACGUACAAUGAAAUGUACUGUGACCAUUAACAUCUCCAUCUGGAUCUACAGUCUCCUUCUUGCCACCCCAGCCAUGCUUUACGCCAAGGUCCAGCGUGAAAAUCUGACCGAGCUGUGUUUGAUUGAUCUGCCUGAGCCUCGCAGCAUUUAUUGGUAUACACUCUACCAGUCGAUUCUUGCCUUUAUCAUCCCUGUAGUUAUUAUCACUUUGCUGUACUCUCUGACUCUGCACCACCUCUUCAAGGUCAUGAAGAAAGUCCAGAAGAAAAGAUCUACAAGGAGCAAGAAGGUGACCAGAAUGGCAUUGAUCAUCAUUGCUGCAUUUCUGAUAUGCUGGACACCGUUUCAUGUUGUUCAACUGAUUAAUUUAAAUGCCACACCAUCAAUGCUAUUUUACUACCUCUAUCAGUCAACCAUCUGCCUGAGCUAUGCUCACAGCUGUGUCAAUCCAAUCCUUAUGAUCUUUUUUACGGAGUUUUUCAGGGAGAAGAUCAUACACACAAGAUUCUGUCGGCUGCUGUUGGCUUUGAGUGGAGCUGGAAACACCUCUGAACUACCAAGUUCUACUUACAACCCAAAUGCUGGUAAUUCUAGUAUACAUAGAAAGAUACGCAAUACUGGGUCAGGGAAGUCAUCUCAUUCUGUUACUGAGGCAGCUGGUAUUAGUACAUCUCCAAAUGGAGAAGAAACAAGUGUGGUAUAAAACUGCUGUAUUUCUGUUUCAUGCAAAGCAAUGAGCCAGAUGUUAAUCUGAAGACAAAAGUCAGCACUUGUUUGCAGUCCCCUGCAGCAGAGUAUCAAAUAAGUUGUAGUUGUGGAGAGUGUCCAUCGUUUAAACCUGCUAUUUCUCAUAUUUUGAUAGGAUGACUGCAAGUUACAGAUUUAUGAAAAUUAAUAAUCUGUGAUGGACUUGGAAGUGCUGCUCAGCAGGGGGUGAUAAUAAACUAACAGCUCCAUGGCAGAGAUGUAUUUCCCACCUACUGCAAAGGAAUAUCCUCUCCACAUCUUUCUUAACGAUCGAGGAAGCUAAAUAAAAAUGGACUGAGGAUCUUCAGUUCGUAACAACUGAAAGAGAACAGUGGCUUAUGAAACGAACGCUGAUGGUUUUUGGUCUUAGCAAGAAUGUAUGACUUGUAAUUGUAACCAUGAAAAUAUACAUAUACACUCAAAGAUACACAUAAGGGGACCAAAUACACAUGUACAACUGCAUAAUGGGUUGUGAAAACAUUACUUGUGAACCCACAAAAGCAUAAGUUGAGGAGAUCAUUUCAAAAAUUCAUACACAUUCUGCAUUUAGUCCACAUGCUUUUAUACAGAUACUUGGUUUAUAGAGUGUCAGUCAUGACUGUGUUAUUUUCUGCCCGAAUCUGUUUGGUCGCACCUUGCAUGAAACACAAGAGAGCGAGAUUUCAGGUGACAGACGGUGUUGCUAGACUUUGUUAGCUUGAAGUUGCUUUUUUUUAAAUAGUUUUAUUAUAUCUAUGCAGUGGCCCAUCUGUAGCUCCUUGCAGAGCCAAUCUGGCAUAAUGGCAACCUUCUUCCAUUUACUUAUAUUAUCUGACAUCUUAUAUGGUUACCACCUGUCCCACUUUACGAGGGACAGUCCCUCUUUGGGCAGUUGUGUCCUGCAAAAAAAUUGU